GCACUUCUUGCACAGCAAUCAGCUAUGCUUGUUUGAUCCAAGGAGACAACAUUUUUGAGUUUUCAAACUUUGCAGAGCAUCUGUUUGUCCUCAUUGUCAAUUUAAAAGUAAAAUUUAUGCGAUCGAUCAUUAUUUAACAGCAACUAAGAUAUAAUGUGCUGGUAAAAUCCGAAAUUCAUUAUCUAUCUCUUCUUCUUCAAGCUUGGUUUCCUUUUGUGCUUGUCAACCUUGGCCAAUAUUGCGAAACAGUUGAAGGCUCCAGACCACAGGUGGAACUUAUCUCAGAUCCUACAUGUUAACUGUUUCUUUUCCUGUGAGUAACGGGAGAAACUAAUCCUGGAACGUUUACCCAGACGCAAACUAGCAUGAUUGAGUCGAUAUUUGGAGAUUGCGCUUAAGACACAAUUUCCACCUUGAGAUAAAUCCAAGAAGCUUAUGAAAAUUUAAAUUCAUAAAACCUCUGGAUCAACUGAUAUUACUAUAUUACUGCCACCACCCAGUGGAUUUUCGUCGCUCUGAGCUGUAAAUUAUUCGAUACAAAAGAAUUCAAUUCAAACCAACACUGUCAACAAAAAGCCUUCCUUAUGUAGUAUAUAUCAUUGUUAGAGAUCCCUUUGACGCCUUACAUAACUUGUACUAAAAUAUUAUUGAGUAAAAAAAACAAUAGAUGAAUAGCAAGUCGUCGUCUUCGGGAGGUGGUGGCGACGAACAGUCGCACGACAGCCGAACGAAAAGUGGGGGUAAUCGGCGUCAGUCAGUUUCCGCAUCAUCAUCUUCUGGCGGGUCGAAUCAUGGAAAAGAGGGUCGAAGAGCUAUGGUCCGCAUCCAGAAACAGGAUGACGGAACCACUCGCCGGAUCGAAGUCCAGGAGCAGAUGAGCACUGGCAAAUUCUACAAGAAGGUCAUUCACGCCUUCCACCUUCAUAAUCCGAAGGAGUACGGAGUGUACAGAGGGCGGAACAAGACUAUUCUUAUUAAGCCGUCAGGGGGGAAGACCCUCGCAACAUAUAAAAUCAAAGGGGGUGACAUGUUGUUCUUGUUCCCGGUGGAUGAGGACUUGGGGGACGAGUGGGAGGAGGACCAGUACGAGGACGAGACAGAGACAGACACCACUGUGGGAGACAUCAAGUCUCCACAGACACCAGACUCACGAGGCCACGUUCGCUUCGGAAAAGCCACAGAAAUGAGGUCUCAAUUCAGCUUCCCGAAUGGCAAUCCAAUGAAGCAGCCGCAAAGGGUGAUCAUCGAGGAGGAAGAUUUGGGAGUGGAGGCACCUGACCUCACCCACGACACUGUGACAGACCGAAACUUCAUGCCAUUUAAUGACUACUUGCAGUUCAUUUGUCUCCAAGACCCGAACAGUCCGUACCCCUUGGAGCCGAUUAAAUUCUCGAGUCUGAUUGGUUGUUCCAGGCAUGAAAUAUACCCCAACAACAAAUGUAACAAGUGCAAUCCAGCUGAAGUGCGCAUCGAAAAACAAGUGUAUCGUCACGUGGACAAUAUAAUGUUCGAGAACCAGUUGAUAGUAGAGAGGUUCGUCAGGACAUGGCGCAAGACAGGUUUUCAGAGGAUGGGGUACAUGUUCGGCAACUACAGACAACACGAGACAAUUCCCAACGGCAUCCGUGCAGUUGUAUCAGCCAUUUACGAACCACCACAGCGUAACACUGAGCAGAACAUUGAGUUGUUGGACGACGUGAAGGAGAGCCAGGUGCAGCAGCUUGCCACUCAGCUGGGCAUGCACAAGAUAGGCUGGAUAUUCACUGACCUCAUGGCCGAGAGGGAGAACGUCAUCAAGUGCACACGCGACAAUGGAGAAGGCAGUAAACUGAGUGCGGAGGAGUGCAUAAUGGCAGGGGAACUGCAGAACAGGAAGCCCAGAGUGUGCGAGAAGUGCAAGCCAGGCGUGUUUGGGUCAAAGUUUGUCACCAUAUGCGUCACAGGUGAUACGUCUAAUCAGAUCCACUUCGAGGGUAUGAUGGUAUCUGACCAGUGCUCGGCGCUAGUCAGAGAGGGUCUCAUCUCCGCACUCCCUGGCAGUCCAGAGCUAGCCUGGGUAUCCGAGAGUACGGAGGAGAAGCCACUGCCUGGACUCUACUUUGAGGCUGUGGGACAGGAUGGUGUGCACAGGAAGUACAAUGCUAGGCCUUUACCUGUUGAUCAUAUACUUGUUUCGGUUCCGGCCGAGUUCCCACUUACACAAGAAUACACGUUCAAAGUGCAUGGCAAGAAACCUUUUCCAAUUGAGCAUCGGGAGGAGAUGCAUGAAGUGCAGGAUCUGGACACCCUGAACAAGUAUCUGUGUCAGUUCACUCACGAGGAGUUCCUGGUGGCCAUCUCUGACUUCCAUCUACUCGUUUACCUCACCAGUCUCGAUGUCACUCCUCUUUGGAGCAACAUGGGUUCCCUGAUCGAGUGUAUAAAGAAUCAGGACCAAGAAGGCGCAUCAGAGUGGAUCCGAUCGAGUCCACAAUGGCAGAAACUCCUGGAACUCAUAAACGGAGGUCGAUUGGAAACUGAAUAUAUUUCUGCCGAAGAGCUCAAAGAAGACAAAUCUACAGUCGAAUUUGCAGAACUUGCAAUACAAACGAGCAAUAUGACGAUACAAAGUCGCACUCCAAAUUUUGAAGAACAACCACAUCAGAGCGACACUUAGUGUCAUGAUUUGAUGCCCUCCAUUACAGUUCAACUUAUAUAUUUAAUUUUUUUAUAAUUGUUUUGUACAUUCAGUACUUGCUUCAUGUUCUACCAAUUUGUGAAUAUAGUUAAUUGAAAACAAUGAGCACCAUAAAAGACCGGAUACAUAAAAUUGAUAUUUAGAUUGUUAGAUGAGAGUCCACACUUUUCUUUAUGGAAGAAAAAAAUAUUACUUAUUUCGUGAGAACAUUUGAAAACCAAGUUCAAACCGCAUUCACAACGGGCGAUAACAAAUACGCCUUCAAUCCAAAAAACGACAAUAAUUUACUGAGAGAACAUUGCUGUUUGCUCUUCAGUAAUUUAAUCUAUAAGUCUCUCAGUAUGAUUUACUUAGGUCGCCUAUAGUUAAAAAGAUAAUAAUUAAACAAGGAUAGCCGGUUACUGUGCAAGUAGAACAAGAAUGUAGUCUUUAAAAGUUCGCAAAAUUUGUUUUCAAAUGAGUGUAAGUUUUUUCUGCGUGGUGUGAUAAAAGGAUCUGAUGUAAGACUAUAAUUUAGGCAUAUUCGACAGUCAUUGUAAAAUAGGCAUACAGGACAACAAUUUGUGAAGAAUAGCUCACUUUACUCGCUCGAAAUUAGACGAAAAAUGAAAAAUUUCAAAUCGGCUUUUCUCGACACUGGGAAAAAGAAGUCGGAACAAUAAAAACAAAUGGAUAUACUUGAUAGCAAAAAUAAAUCGAACAGCGAAUUCCUCGAACAGCGAAUUGACACUAGUCUCAUUCCAAUGUGUGACGAAACUAGUCAGUUCAUUUACGAUUUUAUUAAGCGUUUUAGUUGUUGGUACUGGUUCCGUGCUCAAAGGUCAGCGGUGAAACGCUGACACAGAGGCGAAGCUGAGCUUCGCACCACUUGCGAUACAAAUAUGAAUGACUAUGAAAAUCAAACGGAAAAAAUUUUAAAAAAAAUCGAUUUGUC